UGUGACUCGGAAGAUGUUGUAGCUAAAACUUCAGAAAUAUUACCCGUUGUGUUUGUUUGUGUUUAAAGUUAAUAUUAACACGUGUUUACAAAUGCGUAGUACAUAUUAUAAGCCCCAGAAUGGCACAAACUGCAAAUAUGCCAAAUUAAAAGGUUCGGGUCAGAUUAAACUAGACCCUGCUGGCUCAGACAUGCCUCAGAAACCACAGAAGAGCUCUCAGACUGCACACUACAUCGAGCUGGGAAGUUAUCAGUACUGGCCUGUACUGGUGCCCAGAGGUAUCAGGCUGUACACAUACGAGCAGAUCCCCCCGUUUCUGAGGGAGAACCCCUACAUCACAGAUGGAUACAGGGCAUACUUGCCCUCCAGGCUGUGCAUCAAAAGCCUCUUCAUCCUGUCCAAUGAGACGGUGAACAUCUGGAGCCAUCUCCUGGGCUUCCUCCUCUUCUUCUGUGUUGGGGUGUACAACAUGGCCUCGGUGCUGCCGGCUGUUGGCGCCUCCAGGGAGGAUUAUGUCAUCUACUCCAUUGGACUCUUCUGCUUUCAGCUGUGUAUGCUGUGCUCGGUGGGUUACCACCUGUUCUGCUGCCAUCGCUCAGAGAAGACCAGCCGCCGCUGGAUGGCGCUGGAUUACGCUGGCGUUUCCAUCGGCAUCCUGGGCUGCUAUGUCCCCGGAGUCUUCUACACCUUCUACUGUAAUAACUACUGGCGGCAGGUGUACCUGGUGACGGUCCUCGCCAUGAUCCUGGCUGUGUUCUUCGCUCAGAUCCACCCUCAUUAUCUCAGCAAGCAGUGGAAGCAGCUGCGCUCGAUCAUCUUCUGCUCAGUGACCGGGUACGGCCUCAUCCCCACCGUCCACUGGAUCUGCCUCACGGGAGGUUUCUCCUCUGAACUCGUCCAGGCGUUUGUUCCUCGGGUCCUGGUGAUGUACUUCAUUGCAGCACUGGCUCUCAUUUUCUAUGUUUCCAAAGUUCCUGAGCGGUACUUCCCAGGUCAGCUGAACUACCUGGGCUCCAGCCAUCAGGUUUGGCACUUGCUGCUAGUGCUCAUGUUUUACUGGUGGCACCAAUCAACAGGCUUCAUCAUGGCGUACAGGCACAGUCAGCCGUGCCCCAACACCCCCCAACACGCCUAGAUCGCUGCUCAGCACGCCAGGACUGCAGCUCCGAUGAACCACUCUGCUCUGGUCUCGGUCCAUCAGUUUCCUCACAGAUGGACUCUCUAACCUGUGAGUCUCUGUGAUGAGGGAGGAGGAAUAAAUCCAGCGUGUGACGUUUGAGUACUUCAAGCUAAUAAGAAACAAUACGGACCUCUGCGUCGGACUGACAGCUCACCUGAAAUCACUCAGACUGUCACCUUUAUAAACUCCUUGAGGACUUAAUGUUUGUGUGUGAACAGCAGACAGCACUGAAGGAACGGGUUGGUAAUGUUAGUUUUUCUCCCUGGAAAUAAACCCGUGUCCAGCUGUUUUUAAAGGGUGAAAGCUGCUUCAUCUGAGAGCAGAUUCAGGCUCGUCCCUGAAAAAGGAAAUGAACUAAUGUCAGUAUUAUUAUACUACGAGUAAACAGACUCAAGAUUUCUGAUAUCUUCUUUACUCUGCAGUCUUUGUUAGUGGAAAUGAUCAAAGCGAGGGGAUGAUGUUCAGACAGAACAAACCAAAGAGUUUUGUGAAACAAAGUGCGGACUCAGACGGUUUCAUAUAAAUGUACCCACUCUAUUUCAUACCUGAAGCUCUGUUGUUUUAAGCUGCUCACUUCCUGUUCAAACUGAUGUUCAUUUAUAUGUAAAGAAUUUCACAGGAUGCUUGAAGGGAAACUUUAAAUAUUUCAGUUAUUUUAUGUUGUUCUGUCGCAAAGUUGUGAGUCUUCUCUUCCUCGUCUUUAUCAGUGGUAACUCUGGGGGGUGAGGGUGGCUGUGUGGAUGCUCGUGAGUCUCGUAAAGUUUUAUAACUGCGUCCCAGCCGAGAGCUGCAGGAAUGAGUCCUAAAACCCAGGAAGUGUUUCAGUCUUCCAGCUUCGUCCAGUUCAGUUCUGCAUUUACUUCCACAUAAUAAAAGAUGGGCGUAGCUUCCUGGCCCGCUGUCCUGACCUCAGUCUGGUCAUGAUGAAUAAAAUGUAACGUCAGGUUUGGGUCGUCGUAAAAAGACGUCCAAACAGGAAAUGAUAACAGGAAGUCAGCGAUGGCCACUUGAGCUAUAAGGAAACCUUCACCAUCCCUGCAGCGCUAUGAACGUUGAUUUGUUACUACAAACUGUUUUUUAUUUGAGCAUUUGAACAAUCAAACUUAAGUUCUAAAACCCUAAAACAGGUGGGACAGUUUUUAGAUUCACGUGAUUUAAACAUUUCACAUGAACUGCAUUAAUAUUUCUGUGUAGCGUGCGGCUCUGACAUCGACUGUAAACUCUGAUCACAUUACAACAGAACUUUUAUGACAAGCAAACUUCAUUUUUGAAAAUGUAUUUUUUCUCUUCAGCUUUUUAAGGACAUGUUUUUCCAGCUCGUUUACGGUGAUGUGCAAUGUUUUCAUGGCUCCCCAGUGCAGCGCCUCUCUGCUCUCACUCUGGAACGGAAAGCCGGAUGUUUUCUGUGUGACCGUUUAAUGUUUCUAAUGUUGAAAAGGGGGAAAUGUUCUCCGGUUUGUGGUUCUGUAUUUAAAUUAUUAAUAAUGAGUUUCUUUUUGUCUUAAUAGACUCAUUUUGUAGGAGUGGAAAGUUUUAUAUGUUGACUUUUCAUACCUGAGGUCAGACUCUAAAUAAAAGUAACCAUGUGCUGUUUC